CGGAUCGGUUCUCGCCGAGGCAGUUGGGGUGGAUCAGCACAGAAGACUGGGGCACAAGUUCUCUAGCCUUGGAGUUCUGGGAGGGAAGAAAUCUAUCAAACGGAGGCCUAGAGAAAUGAGACGGAGGCUGUGGAGAAGCGUGGAGCCCCGCCUCUCCGCCAUAACGUCUUUGGGCACCGCCUCUUCCUUUACGGCCUCCCGCCCUCGCCUGCUUCCGGCCCUGUUUCCAGUCUGGACUCCGGCGACUCCCUCGGGAGUAUCUCGUGGGCCGUGCUUCCUUUGGGAUGAGAAUCGGGGCUCUGGCCCCGAUAGGGACCGUCCAAAAGAAGCAGGCUAGCACGGGGUCCAGACACGGCCUGGCGGGCCGAAGGCGACUUCUGGCUCGAGACGGCCCGCGAGGCCUUUGGUCCUGAGGACGCUGGGUCAGAGCGACGUCACCUCAUCGAAGAUGCCUUACUCAGAGGGUCUAAGGUUCUAGUUAGUAGGCUUUUCCAAAUUCUCGAGGCAUAUUGUAAGCAUACAGCAAGAGCAUGCUCUCUGUCAUUGGAGGAAGUACUGGGCUAGGGCUUGGACCUCGGUUAUAAUCCUAUCUUGGGUAGAGCACAUAAUACCCUUCGGCUGCGGAUGAUGUUUCAGAGGUAGAGUAUAUGAGGGUCAAGUAGUCUCGGGUGUGUCACCUGAUCCCAGUGAGCCUCAGUUUCCACAUCCAUAAAACGGCACUGAUUGGGACACAAAUCUGGUUGCUGAGGCCAGGGUUUGACUCUGGAAAGGAAGAAUGCAAGUCUGGUCACGAGGCAGAGUUUAGAGAUACAAGGAAGAUCUAGUAACAGAACACCUGAAUUCCUAGUGGUGAGGCAAUGUGGCCCUUGGAUCCGUCCCGGAAAGAGGUGGUGAGAUUUGCUAUCAGCUGCCGUGUCCUGACUCUGAUACUACAGGCUUUCUUCAAUGCCAUCAUCCCAGAUCAUCAUGCAGAAGCCUUUUCUCCCCCCCGUCUGGCUCCCUCAGGCUGUGUGGAUCAGCUUGUGGAAGGUCUGCUGGGUGGCCUCUCUCGCUGGGAUGCCGAACACUUCCUGUUCAUUGCUGAACAUGGCUACCUCUAUGAACACAACUUUGCCUUCUUCCCAGGCUUCCCCUUGGCUUUGCUGAUAGGGACUGAACUAUUGAGACCCUUUCGGGGGCUACUGAGUCAGCGCAGUUGCCUGCUAAUUUCAGUAGCAUCACUCAACUCCUUAUUCUCUGUGCUUGCUGCAGUAGCACUUCAUGACCUGAGUUGUCUGGUUUUGCAUUGUCCCCGCCAGGCUUUUUAUGCAGCACUGCUCUUCUGCCUCAGCCCUGCGAAUGUUUUCCUGACAGCUGGUUACUCAGAAGCUUUGUUUACCUUCCUGACAUUCAGUGCUAUGGGGCAGCUAGAGAGAGGCCGAGGCUGGACUAGUGGGUUCCUCUUUGCUCUUGCCACUGGGGUGCGCUCCAACGGGCUAGUCUGUGUUGGCUUCCUCCUGCAUUCUCAGUGCCAAGGCUUUUUUACUUCUCUUGUAGUGUUGAACCCACUGAAACAGUUCUUUAAGCUGGUAGCCUCUGUGUGCCUGUCAGUGCUCACACUCAGCAUUCCUUUUGCCCUCUUUCAGUAUUAUGCAUAUACCCAGUUCUGUCUGCCAGGCCCAGCCCGCUCCAUUCCUGAGCCCUUGGUGCAGUUAGCUGUGGACAGGGGCUAUCGGAUUGUAGGAGAGAAUAAGCCACCAUGGUGCUCCUGGGAUCUUCCUCUAAUAUACAGCUAUAUCCAAGAUGUCUACUGGAAUGUUGGCUUUCUGAGAUACUAUGAGCUCAAGCAGGUGCCCAAUUUUCUGCUGGCUGCACCAGUGGCUAUAUUGGUUUUCUGGGCAACUUGGACCUACAUGACCACACACCCUUGGCUCUGCCUUACACUUGGUCUUCGAAGGAACAAGAACAGUAAGACCAUAGAGAAGUCCAAUCCUGGCUUCCUCAGUCCGCAGGUGUUCGUUUACCUGGUCCAUGCUGUAUUUCUGCUGCUGUUUGGAGGCCUGUGCAUGCAUGUUCAGGUUCUCACCAGGUUUUUAGCUUCCUCCACUCCUGUUGUAUACUGGUUUCCGGCUUACUUACUUCAGGAUCAAGAGCUACUGUUGAGAUCCCUAGGGACAAUGCCUUGGAAACCUCUUGUGGAAGACUCCCCAUCAAGACAAAAGGUUCCCAGAAAUUCUAUCAUGGGACUUUUGUACAAUUGGAAAACCUGUUCUCCAGUCACACGAUACAUUCUAGGCUACUUCCUGACUUACUGGCUCCUGGGACUACUACUACAUUGCAACUUCCUGCCUUGGACAUGACCUGGAGUCUUCAGGGACAGGCUGGAAGCUGGAAGCUGACUUAACCCAAGAUCUGAAGGUUAAAAGACAUAUUAAUGCUACCCAAGCUGCUCUAGAAUCAUUGUUUUGUCAAUUAGAACCCUUUUAAAUCACCAUCUUUUUUUUUUUUUUUUUUUAAACAGGGUCUCAAUAUAUAGCUCAGGCUGGCCUUGAAUUCAUUGUGUAGUCCAGGCUGGCCUCAAACUCAUGACAGUCCUCCUACCUCAGCCUCCUACGUAUUGCGAUUACAGGUAUAUGCCACUGUGCCUGCCUUCAAAAAAUUUAUUAUUUUAAAAAUUGUAUGGCCAUGGACCAAGAAAAGAACCAGGAAGUCAUCCUGCCUUUCCCAUGUGUAAGCCAGUACAUGGGCUGGGAGACAAGAAGAUAUACCCUGCCACCCCCACUCCUCCCUACCCUUCAUGUAGGCAACCAGCUGAUUUGGAGGAACACGGGCUAGGAUCAUAGCAACUGAGGUACAAAAACAACUUAAUGCUUAUAUCGAUUGAUUGACUUUGCAGUCUUAGGGUCAGUAGUCUGAGCAUCUGUUUAGAGGAUAACAGUAUGCAAUAUAGCAACUAUGGGAGAUUUCUUUGUCUUGUUUUUAAAAUCCAAUAUUCUCACUGUUUUGUUCCAUUUUAUUGUUUGUUUUAUCCCUUUAAAAUAAAAUUACAUUGGCACAUUUUAGAUAUACAUAA